CCCAAGGGAGAGCAGUGCUAGCCAGAGCCAUGUUGUUGAAGUGCACUGCUACAUGCCUUUUGGCACUAGCAAUAUUUAGCAGCUUCUGUGAUGCACAGUGGAAACCAACAAAGCCAAACCCUCAGCCAAACCCUCAGCCAAACCCUCAAACACUCGGCAAGCAGUGGCCCGUAAACCCUCAACAGAGUAAGCAGACCUUUGAGAAGCCUCUGGAAUGGAAGUACCCUGAGGACCCUCAGCUGGAGGUCCCAGCCCAGCCCUCCACACCCAUUGAGGUCAGACACCCUGUGCCUGUGAGCACUGUGGCGGUAGACUGUAGAGAAAGCUAUGUUCAUGUGGAGGUGAAGAAGGACAUGUUUGGUAUAGGACAGUUCAUUUAUCCUGGAGGCCUCACUCUGGGAGACUGUCCUGUCUCUGCUGAGGACAACACUGGCCAAGUGCUGAUCUUCCAGUAUGAGCUGCAGAGCUGUGGCAGUGAGCUGAGGAUGACAGACAACUCCUUCAUUUACUCCUACGUCCUGAACUACGAUCCUCCAAGGUAUGGGGACUCUCCUGUGGUGAGGACGAGCAAAGCUGCUGUCAUUGUGGAGUGUCACUACCCAAGGAGGCAGAAUGUGAGCAGUUUACCUCUUGAUCCAUUGUGGGUUCCUUUCUCUGCUGUGAAGGUGGCAGAGGGAUUUUUGUACUUCUCCCUGAAACUUAUGACAGAGGACUGGGUGUAUGAGAGGCCGAGCAACCAGUACUUUUUGGGCAAUGUGAUUCACAUUGAGGCAUCUGUCAUGCAGUUCUUCCAUGUCCCUCUCCGGGUUUACGUGGACCACUGUGUUGCUACAGCAGCUCCUGAUGUAAACUCCCUCCCCAGAUAUGCCUUCAUUGACAAUCACGGAUGUUUUGUUGAUGGCAGAGUGACACAAUCAGCCUCAUACUUCCUGCCUCGCACUGCAGAGAACAAACUGCGCUUCCAGCUGGAGGCCUUUAGGUUCCAGGGAGUGGAGUCAGGAGUGAUGUACGUUACCUGCCAGCUGAAAGCCACAUCCACUGCACUUAACAUCAACGAACUGCACAGAGCCUGCUCAUACGUCAACAACAUGUGGAGAGAGGUCAGUGGUGCUGACGCCUCUUGUGGCUCCUGUGAGCAUGGCAUCACUACACCUAUGAACCAGAAACCUAUGAAUGGGCCAGCGAAACAGUGGCUUGGUGGCGGGUCUGGGUCAUCUCAGAUAGGUGGGUCAACUUCCACUGGGGCAGGCGGAGGAGGCACGACGGGAUCAGGGUCUUAUCCUUGGGCCACUGUUGCCAGAAAUCCACAUCCUCCUACAAGAAAAGCCCGGGACGUAACUACAGAGGAAGUUUUCGACUGGGAGGGUGAAGUUACUGUGGGUCCUUUUAUCAUCCAUGAGAAAGUAAUCAAAGCCUGAGAUCUAGAGUCUAAUAUUUGAAAUAAAAUAAAUAAAAUAAAUAGUGAACUGUGCAAAUAUGACCCAUUGCUGCUCAUAAGUUUAACCAUAUUAACCUCGACUUUGCAAACAAUAAAAAUAAGAAUACAAUAGUGUUAAAACAUCUGAA